GUAGCGCAGCUAUGCUAUCGUCGAAUUGACAGUAUGUUUAAGACACCCGCAGCUUCAAGUCGACACAUUUUUGAACUAUAAAGCAUGAUCUAAAAAUCGAAAUAAUAAGUUAGAAGAGCUUGAACCAAACUUAUACGUUAAGAAGAUUUCUUCCGUUUUCUAAUAAAAAUUUAUAAAAAUGUCUAAAUUAUUAUUUUUUAUUGUUUGCAAUGCGUUGCUACUGAAUAAAUUUGGUGUUGAUAGUCUGCGGUGCUAUGAAUGUAACAGUCAUAUAGAUAGUCGAUGUUCUGAAACAAAUCCACCAGAUGCCUUAAAAAAAGACUGUUCAGAACACGUAGAAGGCGCAAAAUACACCAUGUGCAGAAAAAUUACUCAAGUUAUUGAAUUUAGCGUGAAUGGUUUGCCAGCUAAUACCCGAGUGAUUCGAAGUUGCGGUUGGGAUGAAUCUAAUUAUAAAGGAAAAUGCUAUCAGCGUGGUGGAUUUGGUGGAAGACAAGAAGUAUGUUCCUGUACUAGUGACUUUUGCAAUGGCGCAACGAACUAUACUCCUUCAAACGUUUUAUUUUACUUUUGUAUUCUGCAUAUUAUUUUAUUAUCAAUUGCUGUUUAAUAUGAAAACAUAUAAUCAAAUUAUUUAGCAAAAUAAAGUCUCGAAUCAAAGAAAU